ACCCCGUUGCAGAUAAAUGCCAUGUGGUCGGACAAGUUUUCUGGAGCUGUUAUCGUCUACUCAAGGUCUCAACCGUCUUCUGUCUCAGCGUUUAAACUGACUUGACUUUCGUAGACAAGACAAGACAAGACAAGAUUAGACAAGACUAGACGAGACAAGACAAGACUCAAAAAAUGACUCGGACGGACAGGGUUGAGCCGGAGACAGACGACAGUGAGAGGAACCUGACAGGCAGGCCGGACCUGAGGUGCGGCUGGGGGAACAUCAAGCCGAGCUGUGUGCAGGUGUGUAACAACUCCAAAGGAGCGCUGGUGUUCCUGUGCAUGUUCGGGUUCGUGCAGUCCAUGUUAGUGAACGGUUUUGUGAACGCCAGCAUCACGUCCAUCGAGAAGCGGUUCCAACUGUCCAGCAGGAACGCCGGCAUCGCCGCGGCGUGUUACGACAUCGCCUACGUCGCUCUAGCGCUUUUCGUGACAUACCACGCCGGCCAGGGCAACAGCAAACCCAAGUGGCUGGCGUUCGGGAGCUUCGCGCUCGGCACAGGCGCCAUGCUGUUCUCGGUGCCGCACUUCGCGUCGGGACCGUACGUGUACGGGUCGGGCACCACGGACACAUGCGACCCCGGCGGGAACAGCACGACAACCGGCUGUACCACGGGAGGGAGUACCCUGUCCUACUACCUGGGCGUCUUUAUUCUAGCACAACUUUUUCACGGUUUCGGCGCCACGCCCCUGUACACAGUGGGGACUGCGUAUUUAGACGAAAACGUGGAGGAAGUGAACUCCGGGCUGUACAUAGGAAUCUUUUACGCAGCAGCGACUAUCGGUCCUGCUGUAGGGUACCUUGUGGGUGGGCAGUUCUUGGACAUCUUUGUCGACAUCGAUAUCGGGAACAACGGGUCUGAGCUGACCCCGGGUGACCUGAGGUGGGUGGGCGCCUGGUGGAUUCCCUUCGUCAUCACCGCAGUGCUGGGCUGGGUCCUCGCCGUCCCGCUGCUGGGAUACGCUAAAGAGUUACCUGGCACAGCGGAGAUCAGAGAGAAAAAGAUAUCCCAAGCCGACGUAAGAGGGGGAGAGAAGAUAGCCGCCAAUCCUGAUUUCGGGAAGAGUUGGAGGGAUUUUCCGUCAGCGCUGAAACUCCUCCUGUGUAACCCCACCUUCAUGUUCCUGUGCCUGGCCGGGGCCACGGAGUCGUUCUUGGUCGGCGGGUUUUCCACCUUCGGACCGAAGUACGUGGAGAACCAGUACAACCGGUCUCCUGGCAGCGCGGCUAUAUUAUCAGGGGCUGCCAUCGUGCCCGGCGCGGCCCUGGGCUCUCUCCUGGGCGGCGCACUGAUGAAGAAGUUGAAGCUGACCUGUAGAGGCAUGCUGCGGCUGUGUGUGGUGUUCGCGGUCUGUGCCCUGGCGUGUCUACUGGUCUUCCUUCUGCGCUGCCCAAACGUACCGUUCUCAGGCGUCACUCAGGCAUACGGAAACAGCCCCAACACAGAAGAAUGGACAGCGUCAAAUCUCACGGACAGCUGCAAUGCAAACUGCAACUGCCAGGGGGAGUUUCUGAAGCUGACUUGCGGGGCGGACAGUCUGCAGUACUUCUCGCCCUGUCACGCGGGAUGUGCCGGGGAACUAACACCAGACGCUGACGGGAAGAUGCAAUACACCAACUGCACGUGUAUCGCUCACAACCAAACAGCAGGACCGGUGGAAGCCUCGCUGGGAAACUGCCCGUCUGGUUGUCAAAAACUGCCGAUCUUUAUCGCCAUUUUUUUCUUGAUGAUGGUCUUUACUUUUGGCAACACAGCACCAUCUACAGGAGCUACACUGCGAUGUGUUCCUGACAGUCAGAGACCGUUCGCGCUGGGCUUGGAAAAUGUGCUAUCCAGGCUUUUGGGGAGCAUCCCGGGACCAAUUCUAAUCGGGUAUGUGAUCGACAACACUUGUCUGUUGCGCCAGACUAGCUGUGGUGUGGAAGGCUCGUGUUGGCUAUACGAUAACGGUACCAUGUCACUCAACAUACUGUACGUGACGUUAGGUGUGAAGGCUGUGUCCGUCCUUUUCUUUGCGCUAGCGAUGUUCUCCUAUAAACCUAUCGAAGACGCUGCCGAGAAACCUUCAGAAGGAAAUACUCAGUAUGAAGUCACAGCGUUUUAAAACGAAUUUUCGACAUAUUUUAACAUAAAAUGUUUAAUUAUCUCUUUACUGUGCCAUUGGGGCUGCGGUCGCAUUCGGGAGAUCACGAAUAUGCAAAUGAGUACACACAGAAAAUUAUCUCCCGAAUGAGACCACGACCGCCACUGGACACUUGUUAAAAUAUUUAGGGACAACGAACUCCCUUCGUUCACUGUUGUUAUUGAAGGAAAUUACGAACAUAGAGACUUGGGUCAAGAAAUCACAGCGUGUUAAAUUUGCGACUUGUUUGAACAUAAUAUGUUUAAUUAUCUCUUUACUUUACAUUUGAACACUUGUUGAAAAUAUCUAGGGACAACGAACUCCCUUCGUUCAUUGUUGUUACUGAAGGAAAUUACGAACAUAGAGACUUGGGUCAAGAGAAAAUCUUUAACGCCGGAUCAUAUAUGUCCAAAGUUUAUUUUAAUUCCAACAUGUAAUCACCAGACGUGGUGACGGUACACUCAAGUUUUAUCAACUUAUAUUAAUGCCGCCACCAACA